GGUCCUGGUCCUGGUCCGGGGGGAGACUCCUCCUGCAGGCGGUGCUUCUCCGUCACUAUAUCGAGGCAUCGCCUUCAAUCAACGUCGCUCUUCUCGCGUUAGUUGGAGCCGCUGCUGCAGAUGUGUUCGGGCCUGAAAGGAGCCAGUUCAACCCGGGAAUAAGUUUGAUAUCUGGACACGUUUUCUGUCUUUAAUGAGGCUUUUUCCUGGAAGUUCCUCCGUCUCAGAGCAGGACCCCGGAUACAGGAGGAGGAGUUAACCCAGGACCGCGCACUGCUCUCCGGCUACAGCACCAGCUCCCAGCGGGACGAAGCCCAGUGUCUGGACGUUUUAGGACGUUUUAGGAGGCCAUGUCUUCCCCGCGCUGCUUCCUGCUGCUGCUGCCCUGCUUCCUGCUGGUUCUGAUGGUCCAGUCCAGACCCACCACAGAGGACACGGGCCCAGACGAUGCGUUGAAGUCGUCUGAAGACGAAGAAGAUGACGAAUCGUCCUCAGAGGAAAACAAACUGUCCAACGAGCUGUCGACGAGCAACGAGAAGCUGCAACCGUCGGCGCCUCAGUGGGUGACUCCAGAGAAGAUGCAGAAGUCUCUCCAUGCCGUUCCCGCCAGCAGGACCGUGAAGUUCAGAUGUCAGGCGACGGGAAGCCCCGCCCCCUCUCUGCGCUGGUACAAGAACGGGAAAGAGUUCAGGAAAGACCAACGGAUCGGAGGCUACAAGAUCAGAGACCACAUGUGGUCCCUCAUCAUGGAGUCCGUGGUUCCGUCUGAUAGAGGGAACUACACCUGUGUGGUGGAGAACGAGUACGGGAGCCUCCAACACACCUACAUGCUGGAUGUAGUCGAGCGCUCCCCCCACAGGCCCAUCCUCCAGGCCGGUCUACCGGCCAAUCAGACGGCGGCGGUGGGCAGCGAUGUGCAGUUUGUGUGUCGUGUCUUCAGUGACCCGCAGCCGCACAUCAAGUGGCUCAAACACAUCGUCGUCAACGGCAACAGGACCGGACCGGACGGAGACCCAUACGUCCAGGUUCUCAAGGCUGCCGGGGGGAACUCCAGCGAGCAGGAGAUGGAGGUGCUGACCCUGAGGAACGUGUCUGAGCAGGACUCGGGUCAGUACACGUGUUUGGCCUCUAACUCCAUCGGAGACUCUCAGCACUCGGCCUGGCUCAGCGUCGUCCACGGUAACCACACACCUCCUCCUCCCCCUCCUCCCCCUCCUCCUCCUGGUAUUACUCAUGCUGUGCCCUGUCUCCCCCCCCCAGAGGCCCCGCCCUCCCUGCUGCCCUCCCAGACCUACCUGGAGAUCUUCGUCUACUGUCUGGGUCUGUUCAUCAUCAUCGUCCUCGUCGCUCUCGUCGCCUCCUGUCGUUUCUGCUGCGUCCCCCAGAAAAACCACUUCACCAGAGAAAUGUCGGUCCACAAGCUGGCGAAGGGCCUCCCCCUCAGGAAGCAGGUGUCCGUGGAGUCCUCGUCCUCCCUCCAGUCUGGGACGUGUCUCAUCCGUCCGUCCCGUGUCUCUGGUCCUUCCUCCAGUUUCCUGUCUGGAGUCUCAGAGUAUGAACUUCCCUACGACCCCGUCUGGGAGCUGCCUCGAGACCGCCUGGUGCUGGGGAAUCCUCUGGGUGAAGGCUGCUUUGGUUUGGUGGUUCAGGCCGAAGUCGUCGGCAUCGACAGGAACAAACCGACCAGACUCACCAGGGCGGCAGUGAAGAUGCUGAAAGCGGACGCCACCGAGAAGGACCUGUCGGACCUGAUCUCAGAGAUGGAGAUGAUGAAGAUGAUCGGAAAACACAAGAACAUCAUCAACCUGCUGGGAGCCUGCACCCAGGACGGGCCUCUGUACGUGGUGGUGGAAUACGCCUCCCAGGGGAAUCUGAGGGAAUACCUGCGAGCUCGUCGGCCCGCGGGGCUGGAGUACUGGAGCGGGUCCAGGAGGUCGUCCCUGGAGGGCGUGGAGGUCCGGGAGCUGGUGUCAGCGGCAUAUCAGGUGGCCAGAGGGAUGUCGUACCUGGCUUCAAAGAAGUGCAUCCACAGAGACCUGGCUGCCAGGAACGUUCUGGUGACAGAAGACGACGUGAUGAAGAUCGCUGACUUCGGUUUGGCCCGAGACAUCCACCACAUCGACUACUACAAGAAAACCACCAACGGCCGUUUACCAGUGAAGUGGAUGGCGCCUGAAGCUUUAUUCGACCGCAUCUAUACGCACCAGAGCGAUGUGUGGUCGUUUGGAGUCCUGCUUUGGGAGAUCUUCACCCUGGGGGGGUCUCCUUACCCCGGGGUCCCUGUGGAGGAGCUGUUCAAGCUCCUGAAGGAGGGACAUCGCAUGGAGAAACCGUCCUCAUGUCCUCAGGAGCUGUACCAGAUGAUGAGUGACUGCUGGAACGCCGUCCCCUCCCACCGUCCCACCUUCCAGACGCUGGUGGACGAGUUAGACCGAACCCUGUCCAUCACAUCCAACCAGGACUACCUGGACCUGGCCCUCCCUCCUCUGGUCCAGAGCUCCCCAGGGAACCCCUCUCGUGCCUCCACAUCAUAAUCAUCCAGGACGCCUCCUCCUCCUCCUCCUCCUCCUCGCCUUCAUCCUGGCAUGAAGAACAUGUGGACUGAGCUGGACUCCCUCAGACCGGCCUCAGGAAGCUGACCCUGUUUAUCCGUUGGGGGGGGGGGGGGUUAGAGGACCAGGUUUACAGGGUCCAUGAAGGGUCUGGUGUUUCUGGUUAGGUUUUAAAUCCUAUUCAUCAUUAUUCUAAAUCACAGGAUUAAACUGGCUUCACACCCUCGAGUUAAAAACAAAAUAAAUAAGAGUCUGAGUUUCAGUUUAUAAAGAAACAAAAAAACAUUUAAAAGAAGAAGAAGAAGUUGUUUCCAGUUGAAAUCGGACUAAAACACCAGAGGACCAGGGGCCCUUCAGCCCCGCGUGUUAAUAAUCAUUGUGAAUAUUGUAAAUAAUAUUUGUCUUAUAUGAACGAACCAAACUGGAUCAUUAGAGGUGAAUAAACGACACAAC